AUGACCAUCAAUUUGUUUAGUUUUUAUUAGUUAUUUAUUUACAACAUGCAAAAAUUUCAAAAUAUCUUACUCAAAUUGAAUGCAAUAGUUUCGUUUGAAUUUAGACACAAAUCAAUUCGUCCCUAUUUCACCAAUUCAACUGUAGAAAAACAACAACAAAUUAACAAUGUUGAGAUUAUUGGUACAAUUCAUAAGCACUUAUUUACACAACCGUCGGGAUAUAGAUCGUUUCUUGUUUUAACGAAAGAGCCCAAAAACCAAUUCUUGUAUCAUAUGAUUGGAACGCGAAUACCAUUACAAUUUCGUGUUGGUCAACGUGUUCGAUUCGUUGGCUAUUUAAAUUCACAAAAUAAAUGGAAUGAACAAAAUGAAUUGCGUCAAAAAGUCAUUAUUAAAGCAAAUGAAGCCGAAAUAUUGACCAAUGAUAGUGACCAAGCAACGGACAAAAAUGAAGUGAUACUUAAAUCAGAAAUCUGCUCAGAAAUUGAAAAUACGGUUAAUCGCAUUGAAUUCACAGUAGCAACAAAGCACAUACCAAGGGGUGGUAGAGCGGCCGGCAUAUCGCUUGAAGAAAGUCAUCGUAUUAUUGUUUAUGACAAAGUAUUGCUGGAUUUUGUGCGAAAACAAUUGGAAAAAUCCGAUCGGGUUGAAAUUCAAGGCAAAGUUAGAUACAAAUUUGACAAAAAUUCAAAAGGAGAACAAGAAUCAUCUGGAUACAUUUUAGCCAAUCAAAUUAAAAAAGAAUCGAAAUAAAUUAUAUUUGAUAUCUAUUUGUAAAUAUAAUGAAUUCGAUCGUGCAUUGCAAGAAAACUUUUAAAGAAAUAAUGAGUUUUUUCCAAACGUUUAUAAUUCAAGUGAAAAAUGUUGAAUUUAAAAUUCAAAUAAAAUAUAUGUACGAUACGAAA